ACAAUUCUGUCUUACUUUUUCUUGUGAAUAUUUUGCCAGACAAUUUCAACUUUGCAAUUUCACCAAAGUAUGGAAAACUUGUUGCCUUCUGUUCUUCUUGGGAUUCCCUAAUUCCCGUUCCCGGGAUGAAGGCGCAGUGGCGUCGACUACGUGAGUAUUAAGAACUGAGAGAGCCUCCGGGCUCACGUAGCCUGGGCUGAAGGCUUAUCAGAGGCUAAGCCAGAGGGGGAAAAAAACAGUAAAGCUAGUCUCCAACGACCAGAGGUACAGGCACAAGGCCAUCUGUCCAUUCUCUGAAUACAACUGACAACAAAGGAGGGCAACUCCGCACUCAGGGAAUCAUACACACUCUGAAGCCUCAAACGUUAACUCAUCCUGGACUGACCAAGCAAGAAGAGUUGGAGAAGAAUUUAAGUGGCCUCUUUCACGCUGUCUCAACCUCCAUCACUUCUCAGUCUAUUUAAGGGGUUCACAUCUCUUUAACAAGUUCCUCUGCUGCUGGAGUGUCAUGGAAAGAGGGACCACAUUUCAUUUAACAGCUAAUAGACAGUCUGUUUGAAGCAUCUAGACCCAAGAGAAGAAUGAAUAUGAAUGAGAAGGAGGGAGGAGUAUGUGAGGGGGGGCUAAAUGUCACCCUCACCAUCCGCCUGCUAAUGCAUGGCAAGGAAGUUGGAAGUAUCAUUGGGAAGAAAGGAGAGACUGUCAAAAAAAUGAGAGAGGAAAGUGGAGCCCGCAUUAACAUAUCCGACGGUUCCAGUCCAGAGCGCAUUGUCACCAUUACUGGAUCGUCUGAAGUCAUCUUCAAAGCCUUCGCCAUGAUCGCAGAGAAAUUUGAGGAGGAUAUCCUGACAUCCAUGAUCAACAGCACCGUGAUGAGCAGGCCUCCUGUGACACUGCGUCUCGUCUUCCCCGCCAGUCAGUGCGGUUCUCUCAUUGGCAAAGGAGGCUCCAAGAUCAAAGAGAUCAGAGAGAGCACAGGUGCCCAGGUCCAGGUGGCAGGAGAUCUACUGCCUGACUCGACUGAGAGAGCUGUGACCAUCUCCGGCACCCCUCACGCCAUCACACAAUGUGUGAAACACAUCUGCACCGUCAUGCUGGAGUCGCCACCUAAAGGAGCCACUAUACCGUACCGACCCAAACCCACCGCCGGCGCCAGCCACACAGUGUUGUCACAACCUCAUGCUGCAUCAGCAUUUGCUAUUCAAGGACAGUUUGCCAUUCCAACCCAAGACUUGACCAAGCUUCACCAGUUGGCUAUGCAGCAUAUCCCCUUUACCUCCCUUGGGCAGAGCAACCCCACCUUCCCUGGUCUGGAGGCAUCCUUUGCGACCACUUCUCACGAGCUGAGCAUACCUAAUGAUCUCAUAGGCUGCAUCAUUGGCAGACAGGGCAGUAAGAUCAAUGAGAUUCGCCAGAUGUCUGGUGCCCAGAUCAAAAUAGCCGGGGCCACAGACGGUUCGGCAGUGCGCCACGUCACCAUCACAGGCUCCCCAGCCAACAUCAGCGUGGCGCAGUACCUCAUCAGUGCGAGUUUAGAGAUGGCUAAACUGAGCAUCCAGGCAGCGUCGUCCUCCUCUUCCAGCACACCUAUCGACCUCGGCCUGGGCUUCUCCCAGUCCACCCCCUCCACCUCUUCCAUGACCGUCCUGGCUGCUCCCCCCUCUGCUAUUAAUGUCCACUCCCCCUCGUCCAUCCCCAGCGCCCACUAUGCAUUGCCUGUUUCCAGCCUGCUUGGCAUGAAAACCGUCCCCCUGCUGGCAAUGCACACAGCCACCUCUGCAGGCUUUCCGGCUGGCUUCACACCCUACACCACAAAGAUCCCCACCUCGUCCAGCAUCAAAAAAUCAGAGCGGCAGAAGUUUGCCCCGUACUGAGCGGCCGUGGUCUUUAAACUCAUCAGUUAUGUUGUAUUUGUUUAUUAUUCAUUCAAGAGUAUUAGGUAGAUUGAAUGUGGCCCCCCGCUCCACCCCUAUUUUGGUAAUGUUUCUGUGCAAUAUUUCACAAGCAAGGAAUUGUGAGUGCAUGACAAGAUUAAUCACUCCUUAGAUUGUCUUCCAUUUUGUGUGGCGUUUCAUUUGGAAGUGUUUGAGAUAUCCAUCCCAUAUAAUUUAUCUGACACUGAACCUGUGUGUGUUUUUUUUUUAAGAAAAGCCAAAGCCAGCACGAACUUGAUUUAUUGGUACUAUGCAGCUCACAGUGUUGUGUGUGUGUUUUAUAAAUCUUGGAGUGAUCUUUAAUGUGCUGAUUAGAAUGGCUGUCAUCUUUGUUAUUGUAUCACAGUUCAAUAUAAAAAGUCAUUUAAAAGAGAGUGUGAUGCUCUGCCUCUCAUACUGAUGUAGUUAUUCAGAUUUUGACCUACUUUAAUAAUAUAACAUCAUAUCAGAAUCAUUUUUAUUAAUGCUGCAGAGACACAAAGGCACAGAGCUGGGGACCACCAGGAAAAUUGUCCUGGGCCCGGUGAUAAGGGGUCCUUCUAAGGCCCUUUUAAUGGAUGGAUGCCAUGGAUAACAUGACAAUCACUUUGAGAGUGACCCUCAUACAAAAAUAUAUGUAGUAGCUCAAUAUUAUGAUGUAUUAAAACCUAUUUAUUCUGUGUGAAAAAGAAAAAAGAAGUGUGAUAAUAUACUAUUUCCAAAAUUAAAUAAUUGGCUUUUAUAUUAUCACUGUUAACAGCAAGACUAUCUGGAAAUAUUUACUUUAUAUUAGGAUCAUACUGAAUCUUUUUUUAAACUACUCUAGUAUCGUUAGAUGUAUAAGGUAUAUAUAUACCUGACAAACAAUUUCACAAUCAAUAUUGUUAUAACUCCAAAUAAAAAUAUUUGUAUAACAUCAUAAGUUAAUGUCAUUCAAAAAUUGGGGGUCAGUCAUUUUUUUUUUUUUUUGCAACAAUGCAUUAAAUUGAUCAAAAGUGACAGAAAAGAGAUUUAUAUUGUCACAAUAGAUUCUAUUUCGAAUAAAUACUGUUCUUUUGAACUUUCUGUUCAUGAAAGAAUACUGAAAAACUGUUUAAUUUAUUUUUAAAAUGCAGUCCAACUGUUCUCAAUAUUGAUAAUAGUAGGAUCAUGAGACACUGAAUACAAAAUACUGGUUUAAAAAUAUUUAAUUAGAAAACAUUUUUUUUAAUACAUUAUAAAACUAUUUUGCAAUACAACAACUGUAAAGAUUUGGCAAGCAUAGAAGUAAAAAAUGCAUACAAGAAAAAAAAAAAUUCUGUCUAAUUUCCUCAUUUACAGCCUGUGGGGGUCCCAGGACACCCGCCUGAAAAGCUUUAGUAGAAACAACACUUUGUGUUUUUAAAAUGUUAUUUUGUUCUCUCAGCUAAGAUAUCUGAUGACACUAUGAAACUGUGACACAGUAGACCCAUGCUUCUCAUGCCCAGCAGGGCUAAGUAUCAGAAAUAUAACUGCUUUAAACAAUAACUUGAUCUGUUCUUCUGUAUCUGAUUGUUUGUUUUCCUCCUAGGCUGUCCUCAGUGAUAGCAAGUCUGAGGCCACUGUAGUGCAACAUUAACAGCUUUUAUCAUUAAUCUGUGAUUGGAUUACCCUAAAGCCACAGUGGACUCUUAUGGACACAAGAACUCCUGGCUACAUCAUGAAAAUGGUUUUCCAACUUGAAAACCAUACUGUAUAUUAAAUAGAUGCGCUGUAACUGUAGUUUUUUAAAUGUGUCAGCCAUUCAGUGUGUUUGUUUUUAGAUCACCUUUUGAAAUUCUGUACACAUUUUGCAGUUAAUGUAUGACAAAUCAAUAAAUGUCGAAUUUAAAAGA